UGCCCCCCUGGCCCUAAGAUUGAGCUUUAAGAUUCGACAGCAAACUUAAAAAGCCACCUUCACCUGCCCCAUCAUUCUAGAUAACGUUUGCGUCAUACAUCUUACCGCGACUGCUGAUACGGAGUCUUGCUCUCUCAUGUCCCCUGCCUACCCGCCCAUCUCCGCCACCGGCACCAGCCUCGGAUACGGCAUCGCCAUCGCGGUUAGCAUUCUCGUCCUCAUUUCUACCAUCAUGCUUGCUUCUUAUGCUUGUGUUCGGAUGAAGGCCAACGGCCGCGGCCUUAACCGUCGUAUCAGCAGUAAUAGUAGCAGUAAUAAUAUUUCGGACGAGCCGGUGGUGGUGGUUUUGGGCCUGGAUAAGCCCACUAUUGAAGGUUACCCGAAGAUUGUGCUUGGGGAGAGUCGCAGAUUGCCGAGGCCCAAUGGGGGCCCAUGCGCUAUUUGCUUGGGAGAGUAUGUAAAGAAUGAUACGGUGCGGUGUGUUCCAGAGUGCAACCACUGCUUCCAUGUGGGCUGCUUGGAUGAGUGGCUUCGUCUGAGCGCCACGUGUCCUCUGUGUCGGAGCUCUCCUGCUCCCUCGCCGGUGCCGACGCCGGUGGCCACUCCUCUGUCAGAAUUGGUUCCACUUGCUUCCCACGCCAGGUGA